AUGUCACUAUCAGGACUUCGUAAACAAUUUAACAAAGCUAAUCAAUAUCUUAGUGAAACAAUUGGUGCAGCUGAAUCUACAAAAUUAGAUGAUGAUUAUAAUGAAAUGGAAAGAAAAAUGGAUGUUUUUUAUGAAUCUAUAUCAGCUUUGAUAGCUGGAACAAAUGAAUUUCUUCAACCAAAUCCAGCUACUAGAGCAAAAAUGGCUGCUAUGGGUGCUAUGUCUAAGGUUCGUGGUACAACAAAAAAUUCACCAUACCCUCAGACAGAAGGUUUAUUAUCUGAGACAAUGGCAAAAUAUGGAAAAUUAUUAGGUGAUAAUAGUGAUUUUGGUUUAUCAUUACUUGAAACUGCUGAAGCUUAUAAAUUGUUAGCUGAUAUAAAAUAUCAGUUAGAGGAUAAUGUUAAACAUAAUUUUCUUGAUCCAAUUGCUCAUAUACAAGCUAAUGAAAUAAAAGAAGUUAAUCAUCAUAGAACAAAAUUAAAAGGAAGAAGAUUAGAUUAUGAUUGUAAAAAAAGAAAAGGUAAUAGAGAUGAAGAGUUAAUAAUGGCUGAAGAGAAGUUAGAGGAAUCAAAAAAAUUAGCUGAACAGGCAAUGUAUAAUGUUUUAUCAAAUGAUGUUGAACAGAUAUCUCAAUUAAAUGCUUUUAUUGUAGCACAAAUUGAAUAUCAUAGACAAAGUUUAGAUGUAUUAGAAAAUCUUCACACAACUUUAAAAUCUAAAAUUAAAGAAGCAACAGGAAGACCUAAAUUAGAACAUGUACCAAAACCAGUUUUAACUGAUAGAACUCCAAGUGCUAGAUCUCCUAUUGGAUCAUUAACCAGUUCAACAGCCAAUCUUAAUUUUAAUGGACAACAAGCAUGUAAUCAAAUAAACAUCAAUCCUAAUUAUGUUCCUGCUAAUGGAAAUAUACCAAGACAACCACCACCACCAUAUUUACUUGUCUCCAAUGAUCCAUCUACAUCACCAGUCCCACCACAAUCUACUCCUCAAAAACCAUCAUGUAAAGCAUUAUUUGACUUUGAAGCACAAAAUGAAGGAGAAUUAGAUUUUAAAGAGGGUGCUAUUAUAUCAUUAACAUCUCAAAUUGAUGAAAAUUGGUUUGAAGGUACACAUAAUGGAAAAACAGGAUAUUUUCCAAUAAAUUAUGUGCAAGUUAUAGUACCACUUCCAAAAUAA